CCUCAUUGGCAAUAAAACCACAUCGGUCUCAUUCGGUAAUGCUGCUUCACAUUUGGCCAUUAUGAUUUGCUCCAUCUGUUACCAAAUAAUCCAGGCUUAACUGAACCUUGUAUGGAUAUACAGCACUUUAUAUGGUUGUCAGUGUCUUUUUCUGACAGGAAGAAGAACGUAGAGAUUCUGAAUUGAACGAACUCCGCCAUCUCCUGGAAGAAAAUCACACUGCAGUGACUAAAUGGAAAGCUGAUCGUGUGGAGAAAGCCAAGUGGGAAAAGUACAUGUGCUGUGACGGUGCCCCAGAUCCAGCGGACCAGCGGGAUAUUAACACAUAUAUCACUAACUGGAAAGAUGAUCCUGAAGUCAACAUCGCGCAUGUGCUCAGGCAAUGUAACUUCACACUCCAGCUUAUUGAAGAACUUGAAGGUCUGCGCAAAGAUGCUACAGAUCCAAAAGCGAUCCAGAUAUACCAGGAGGGUUUCAUACGCCUACAUGAACUAAUUCACUCCAAACUCCUCCUUGCCUCAGAGGAAAUCCUCAAGGAUGCUAGUGUCAACACUGACAUUGAAACAGGCAACAUGCAGACUGUGAUCAGAGAUGAAAACAUGGCACUGUGUCUCUGGGCUAACAUAAAGAAGAAUCCGAGGUUUGAAGGUCUGACCUUUGAGGAGGUCGGACUGGGCUUUGAAGUGUCCAGGCGGCUAGCUGUAAGCGAUAUCGCCAUACGGUUCCUCCACACAUGCUAUGAUCACCUGACCUUUCUGGCCUUGAUAACUCAUUAUAGAAUGCACACACCCAGCCACAGGUCCCAGUCUAAUACUACUACUGUACCAACUACUGCUAUUAUUACUGCUUCACCCUACAUUGAAACCAGUAGAGUUACAACUCAUACUCCUCAUGGGGUUGGUCCCAGGUUCCUUACAGGGCCUGAGAAGACUCCAGCGGACUUAGAUAUGCUGGAGGCAACUAAAGUGGAGGAGGUGAAGGAGAAAAGCACCAUGGAACCACAACAAAGAGAGGAAGAGGAGGUGCAGUCCAUCCAAAAGCUACAGGACAAGAUGGUCAAGCAGCGUCCAACCAGUGUGCAGUCAAGGACAAGCAGCGUCCAGUUUGCAGACGGCCGAGUGGACGAGAUACAGACACAGAUGGAGGUCCUCUCUGCUGUAGGGGAGCUGACGUCUGCUUCAGAGCAGUCUGCAGAGGGGGACAUGGGACAGAGUGGGCAAGUGGAAGUAGUGGACUUAAAGCAGCACUCGUCUCUGGGUGGCGUCUUCUAUUUCGACGUGUUCCACCUUCCACCACAAACCCGCUACGUCAAGGGCUGGAAAAUAACACAACUGUCAGAUGAAGGCCUACAAGUGUUCCCCUAUCCCAUGAGGUCACAGGGUUACAGCUCAGUCUCAAUGGACGUGGACGACCCUGUUGGGGUGUCAGUGACUGUGCCUGACUCAGUCGUCCUCUUAAAACCUCCCAAAGUGGCUCGUUGGGAAGCUGCAGAGAAGCAGUGGAGGAUGGACGGUAUCAAAGAACUGACUUAUGAGGAGGCUGAAGCCAAGGUGACCUUCAAGAUGGACAGCUUCUACACUUUUACACUCAUUCAGGAAACUUAUGCCAACUUUCCCUUCCGGAGCUGGGAGCUCCGACCACUAGGGCAGGACUCUGCACUUUUCACCGUCCGCGGGGCGCUCAUCGAACUCAGCAUUGCCAUCCAGGGUAGCCAGUGUAUGCUGCAGUCAGAACAUGAGAAACGCCUUUCUCACCUCACGGGGAAGUGGAUGAGCGGCGCCGCCAUGCAGAGAGCCAUAGUCCAUGCUGGGAUCAACAUCUUUGUGAAUGAGCACACGGAUAAAUACAUUAGCACUUGUGGCAAGGACCCACUUACAGAGCAUGCUGCCUAUGAACAGAUGGCUCUCCUCGCUUCUGCCUGUGCUUUCUCGGGGAGCCAGUGGAAUGCCAAAUGUGGAGCCGAGCAUCUAGUCAUGCAGAUGUGUGAGCACCACGGCCCCGCCCCUGUGUCAGAGGGUUCGUGGAGGCUUUACCUGCUGGGAGCUCAGAAGAUUCGAAAGUUAAAGGUCACAGAGGACAGCGAGUGUUUUUCACCUGAGCAUUAUCCAGGCAGCGAGUUUCACUCCACGCUUUUCCACAUGAUGCAGGACGACAUGAGCCCAGACGGCAUCGUCAACAUCACGAAGUCCAGUUAUCAGUUUGUAGACGCAGUACAAAAUCUGCUCUGUGCCACCAGACCACUCGCAUAUUCUUAUCCAUGUAACAUAAGACAUUAACGAAAACAAUAAAUACAAGUAUAGUGUGUAGCUUCAAUUCCCAGGUCUGUUCCUUUAACAUAAACCUGUUGUUGGUGUUCCUUUGUCCGUGCGCUUUA